GCGCGAGGCUGGGUGGCCCAGGCGGAUUUCGAGGACCUCGACGGUGGAGACGAGGACCUCUGGGGGGCGCUGGAGGCCGUCGUGCCCGCGCCCGAGGUGGACGGGCCCGUGCCGAUCGACCCGUUGGCGGUGGCCCAGGGCGAAUGCUACUGCAGCACGGGCAGCGCAGCAGGCGGCCUUGAGCAGUGCCGGUUCGCGUGGCGGGCGCUGCGGGUCUCCAGCGCAGUGCCGCCGCGGCGCUUCGCGAAGGCCGAGUUUUUUGUCCGCGACGACGGCUACUGGGACUGGUGGGCCAGUCAGCCUGGGCAGCCGAGCGCGGUGACAGAACGCCCGCUCAUCCACGUGUGCUCGGGGAACCCGUGCUCAGUCGUGGAGGGGCCGGGGACGUGCACCGAGCUGGUCCACGUGGCGGACGGGGGGGAGCUCGGCCUCACGGACCUGCGGGCGCUGUUCGUCGAGUGCCAGGAGGCGCGCCCGGAGGCGGCUUGGCCAGGGGCAUGCCUCGGGCCGCUGGUCGCCGCCGCCGCCCCCGCGAGGCCUGCUGCGGUGGCCAGAGCGACGGGUCGCCCGCCAGCCGCAGCAGGCCCUUCCAGGGCCCCGCCUGGCGCUGCCCCCUUCGACGACUUGCGAAGCAUAGGUGGCUCGUCGCGCGGCCCUGGCUCAGAGCUGGCCGCAGACGAGGAGGCAGCUGCCGCGGGCGGCCUGGGGGGCAAGCUCGCAGGGGCUCGCGUGCGCCUCGAGGAAGGGAAGCGGGCUGCUGAGGACGUCAGCCUGAGCGGUUUCCCCCUCGGCGCAGAGGCGGCUGGCAAGGAGCCUGUGAAGAAGCGGUCGCUCGGGGACCUGCUGGUCGAGCGCGCCGCGAAGCUCGCGAGGGCCGCCUCGGACGCGGGCCCCCGAGGGUCAGGGGGCCCCGUGCCCGAGCGGGCGCCGCCAGGAGCUGGUCUGAGCGGCGGCACGGCGGAGCUGGCGCAGGCGGUCGCGAAGGCCAUCCGCGAGGGCAAGGAGGCCCCCCCUGGCGGCAGCGGCGGGGGCGGCCUCGGCUCCCUGGACCCCGCGGCGGUGCCGCGCGACCCGGCCACGAGGAGGGGGGAGGCGGCCGUCGACGUGACGGGCCCGAUCGCGCUGCGGUACCUCCUCACGGUCUACCUGCCGCAGCAUCCGGUGAAGGAGAUCGGCGUGCAGACGCACCGUGUGCUCCGCACCCUCGCGGAGGCGGUGGACCUGCUGAUGCAGGGGAAGGUGGCCCACGCCUGCGACCUGAUCGUCCAGCGCCUAAGGGCGCUGCAGGUGGCAACGACGGACGGCUCGUGGGCGGCGGCGAGGUGGUUGGUACUGAUCCCGCCGCGCAACGAUCCCACGGCCAUCUGCAGCGAGGAGGGCGUCGCGGAGCCCCCGCUGGCCACCGCGCUGCAGUGCUGGGCCGACGAGCUCUCCCUCGGCUUCGGCAAGAGCAUCGUCGCGGUCGACCUGGCGGCGCAGCUGGCAGCAGCAGUACGACGCCACCCAGGCAGCCUUGGCCACUUCGCUCGGUCGUUCAGCAUGCGUGCGGACACAUUUUGUGGGAGCGGAGGGUCGUCGAACAGGAGGGUUCGGGACGCCCUGCCGCUUCCCCUUCCGUCGACCGAGGAGGUGGGCCGCCGGCUGGCCCACAGUGCCUUGCCCGAGGCACGCAGGUGCCGCCGCCGCGCCGUGGCGCGGGAGGUCAGCGAGCAGGUGUGGCUGCACCUCAGCGUGGUGGCGCUCAACUAUGCGCUCUGCGGCCGCUCGCAGGGAAGCUGGCGCCACAGGCUGACCCUGUCGAAGGCGCAGGCGCGGGUCUACGUGCAUUUGGAGAGCCGAGCGGCGGCCUUGGCGGAGGACCCGCUCGCUAUGGUCGUGGCCCCUGCGAUCGACGAGCUGGCGGGCGGCUGCGAGUCAGCGUACGAGGGCGAGACAGGCUCUGCGAGCUGGCCCCUGGUCGGCGCCUGGCUGCGCCGCCCCGAGCUGGCGCUCCUCGACCAGUCCGACUGGCCCGACCCGUCGCCGCGGGCCCGCGUGAACGUGGAGACGGAGGCGGACUGGGAGGAGCUGGUGCUGCGCCUCGUGUCGCUCAGCAUCUUCACCACGCUCGCGGAGAGCGAGCUGGUCCGCGUGAGGGGCGAGCCCGUGCUGAUCGGCCUGUUCGCGGUGGAGAAGAAGGGCACCCCAGCGCCUGACGCCACGCGGGUCACCAGGCUCAUCCCCGACAUGGUGCCAGGCAACUCGCUCCUGAAGGCCCACGUGGGCGAGGCGGCGCUGCUCGCGGCCUCGGCGUCCUGGACGGCGGUCGUGAUCCCCGACGGGAAGCUGCUGCUGUGGUCGGGCGACGACCAGAAGGGGGCCUUCUUCGUGUGGCGGGUCUCGCCCGCGUGGCACCCCUACAUGGCCGUGGGGCGGCCGCUCGCGGGCGAGCUGUUUGGCCGCUCGGAGCCCGUCGUCUACGUGACCUCGGCUGUCAUCGCCAUGGGCUGGUCGCUUGCGGUGCCCGUCUUCCCGCACAUUCACCGACGGCAGUACCGCCUGGCGCCGCCCCUCGGGGCGGGGCUUCCCCUAGACGGGGAGUGGCGCAGGGAUUGCGCGCGGCCCCUGGUCGAGGCUGGCAGCGGCCAGGACGCUGGCUGGUGGCAGGGCUACAUCGACGACUGCGAUGCGCCGGAGAUCGUCGAGGAGGUUUUGGCCUGCAAGCUCGUAGGGGCCCCGAGCGACCUCCAGCUGCAGGUCCGCGCCAGCUGCGAGAGGGCGAGCGCCUCCUUCUCGGCCGAGAGGGCGCACUGCAGGCAGCUGAGGGUCAAGCGCAUGGGCGCGGACGUCGACGGCGUCGGCGGGCGCCUCGCGGCCCCCGCCUCCAAGGCGCUGUCCACUGCGGGCCUUUGCUUGGCCGCGGUGCCGCGGCGCCUGGUCCCGUGGCGCGUUGCCAUGGCGGCCCUCGGCAUGCUCGCGAGGGCCCUCGAGUUCAGGCGGCCGCUCUUCGGGGUCCCGCACUCCGUCUGGGCGCUGGCUGCGUCCUCAGCGCAGGAGGCUCACCUGGACGCGGAGAUGGUGGAGGAUCUCCUCAUGGGCGUGAUGGUCCUGCCGCUGGCCGCCUCCUCGCUGCGGGCGCGCAUCGACGGCAUGGUCACGUCCUCGGACGCGUUGGAGAUGGGCGGCGGCGUGUGCACGUCGGCCGGCCUGCGCGAGGAUGUCGCCGCCGCCUUGCAGGUGCCGAGGACGGUCCCCGACCAGCUGGGGAUAGGGGCCAGGCUCCUCGACAUGGCCGAGGAUCCCGCCCGACCGUGGGCGGCAGCCAACCCACGCGUCCCCGCCAGGGCAGUCCGCAGGGUGUUGUCGGUGCUGCUCAUCGGCCUGUUCGACGGCAUCGGAGGCCUCGCCGUCGCCUUCUCGAGGCUGCCCUUCCGCAUCGCGGCCUGCGUCGCGGCCGAGACGGACGCCAAGGCGAGGCGCGUUGUCAGGCUCCGCUGGCCAGGUGUCAUCGGCUGGGGCGACGUCACCCGCGUGGGCAGCGAGACGGUGCGGGACCUGUUCGAGGGGUUCGGCGGCCUCGUCGACCCCGUGGCGGUCGCUGCGGGCAGCCCCUGCCAUCACCUGUCACGCCUCGACGUCGGCGGGCGCGGCCUCAGCGGUAGGGGGUCCUCGCUGCCCCACGAGGUGCCGCGUAUCCUGGCUCUCCUCGCUGCCGUCUUCAGGGACGAGCUCGUUUGGUUCGUGGAGAACAUGGCCAGCAUGUCCAGCGUCAACGUGGAGCUGAUCUCGGAGGCGCUGCAGGUGAGACCGACGCUGGUGUGCUCGUCGGUGUUCGUGCCGUGCCGCAGGCCGCGCCUGUUCUGGACGAGCUGGGGCGUCACCUCAUCGGCGCCUCUUCGGCUGACCGACCGCGGGGUCUACGACGAGCUGGUGGGCCCUGGCGCCCCGCUUAUGGACCUCGCGUGGGAGGACGAGGGCGGCUCUUGGCCAGGGAGACCGAGGUACACCUCCCUAGCCACCCGGGGCUCGAACCCUCAGGACGCCUUCGACGCCAGGGCCUUCCUCCUCGGCAACAGCUUCAGUAUUCACGACGUGGCAUGGUUGUGCCAGCAACUCCUGCACCGCCGCGGCGCGCUGGACAGGGAGUUGUCGAUAGAAGAGGUGUCCCCCGUCCGCGAGUGCCAGGUGGCGUGGGGCCAGGCGGGGGCCUUCGUCACGGAGCCAGGGGAGCCGGACACCGCGGAGGCGAGGCAGCUGGUCCUGCACUACCUCAGCCGCACGGAGAAGGGCGGGUCGGACGUCAGGCUGGACUACGGCGUCCCCUACCGCCCGCGAGGUUGGCCGAGGACGAGCCUGGACCCGUUUGUGUGGAAGUGGCGCGCGGCGGUCAGCAUGGCGUGGCCCGGGCGGAACUCCACCCACAUAAACGUGAGAGAGCUGCAGGCGGCCGCGUCGGGGACCAGGUGGCGCGCCCGCAAGGUCGUGCAGCACGGGGGCAGGUUCUUGCACCUCGUCGACAGCCAGGUGGUCGCGGCCAUCGUGACGAGGGGCCGCAGCAGCAGCAGGAAGCUCCAGCCCAUCCUGAUGCGCCGGAUGGCCGUCGUCGUGGCGGCCGACAUGCACCCACUGAACGGCUGCGUGGUCUCGGAGGACAACCCCGCGUGGCUCGGAGCCCAGGGGGCGAGGGCGACCCGUGCCGCGCGCGCGGCCGUUCACCGCAGGCCCGUGCCCGCAAGGCGCCGCGGGACGCGCUGCCAGACUCUCUCUUCCCUGACAGUGUCGGCGGAGACGCGGCGGCGCUACGGGCGGGCUCCGCGGGCCCUGCUGGCCCACUUCGGAGCUGAGCAGGCGGGGGCGGACGCUUUGCGCGGCGACCCCGAGGACGCCGACGCCCUCGUCGCGGAGUACCUCGGGGACCUGUGGGCCUCUGGUGCGGGCAGCGCGGCCGCCAGCAACACGCUGGCAGAGGUGUGCUUCGCAACGCCUCGCCUGAGGCGACACCCUGGCCUGAGCGGGACUCUCCUCAGGGCAUGGAGGCAGCAUGGGCCAGCGCCCAGGGUGCUGCUGCUCACGACCCAGGCCGUCGCGGCCAUGGCGGGGAUCGCUUGCGCUGCAGGCGCUUUCGACGCGGCCGCCCUGACGGCGAGCGACAUCGUCGACCGCGACAUCGUCGACGAGCUGUUCGUGGUCCGCAUCAGCUCGUCCAAGACCACGGCUGGCAAGGACUGCGCGGAGGCAGUCAUCGUCCGCGGCAGGAUGGCCGUGGUGCUCCUGCGGAUGGCAGGCCGCGGCCUUGGCGCAGGCGCGCGGCUCUCCACCGCACGCCUGUGCAUCGAGGGCGCGGUGGCCAGCUCAGUGCCCGCCAGCCCGGGAGCAGGGCAGCCCGCGCCGUUGCGCGAGGACUGCGGCUCCUGCAGCUGGCCACUGUAA